AUGGCCUCAUCCCGUUCAACAGGCAAGCGCCUCCCCAUCAGCUGUCAGGCCUGCCGAACACGAAAGAUCAGAUGCUCGCGCGACGGCCGGCCAUGUCAAACCUGCGUGCGCCGCGGUCUAGGUGCCGAAGACUGCAUCUAUCUCGGCCAACCGCGGUUGUCAGCUGAGCAAUCUUCACCCGGCGACAGCGUGGUGCAAAACGAACUGCUAGCGCGAAUUCGGAACCUGGAAGGCUUGCUCCAGAAGCAAAUGAGCUCGCAUGCUGGCACUCCCACUGGUGGCGCGGUCUCGCCACUAGGUGGGACGAGUGCAGCUGGUAGUUUCUCCGAACCUGAGACAUGGGACUCCCUCGGCCCCAUGUUGGAUAAUGUUGGCACGCUUCGUACUUCUCCUUCGGGCCAUGUGCGCUAUGUGCCAUUGGCCUCGCAGUGGGAGUCGUUAGUGGCGAAGAGCCCCGCUGCGGAGUGUUUGCCGAAUUUAGAUUCGGAUAUCGCGGAUGAUGAUGAUGAUUUGCAAAUCCCCUUGGCUCGGAAUGGGAGUAUCUCGCGGGCUGAGCUGUUGUCGAUUCUACCGCCGGGCCGGUAUUGUGAUACUCUCAAGGAUGUCUAUUUUCAGGUCUUUUCCUCGGUUUUUCAUAUUCUUCACGAUCUGACGUUCGAAGCCGAGUAUCAGCAUUUCUGUCAUGAUCCCGGAAGUGUGUCUACCUCCUGGCUAGCUUUGCUAUUCGCCAUUUUAGCAAUCGCUGUAAGCGCUCUCGAUGAUGAUCAUCCUUUAUUGUCUGAUCUGGGCCGGGAGCGAACGGUCAGUCGAAAUAUCAAAGUGCUGUCAGCACGGUAUCGAUCUGCCGCGUUACGGUGCCUCGCUGCCGAUGGGGUGAUGUCCCGACAUUCGAUCAACUCAUUACAAGCUUUAGUUCUGAUAAAUUAUGCCCGAGUUCACCGUGGUCUGCCGAUCUGGACAUUGCUAGGAUUUACACAUCAUGUUGCAAUAUCAAUGGGUUGCCAUUUAGACCCGGAGCGGUUUACUCUGGGGCCAAUUGAGCGAGAAGAGCGACGACGAGUCUGGGCCGGGCUAAUGAUGCUAUAUACCAUCCAAAACACAGCAUUUGGGAGUCUCGACCAGCAUAGUCUAACGCAGGACGUGAAAAUGCCUGCGGACAUUGACGACGUUGACCUGCUCACCAGCCCUAGCUUGAAAAGGCCAGCACCCUCAACAUUCCCCCGCCCAACGCAGAUGACCUACCUUCUUUUGAAUUUCCGACUUUACAAAAUCUCCUCGAAGAUUUGUGAGACAAUAUUCAGCUACCCAAGUACAUCCCGAUUCACUACCUCACACCUGGAAGCGGAAAUCAUAUCUGUCCGUGAAAUGGUCGAGGCUCGCUAUGCUCUCGAUACAAAUAAUCCUCUACCCAUUCAACACCAAGCCAACCACCACAUCCUCUACAGCCAGAUCCAUCAGCUUCUUCUCCUUCUUCUCCGCCCUAGUCUCUGCCGCUACCUACAAGGCGAGAUUACACCUGAAACUUGCUCUACAAGGGCAAAGUGCAUCGCGUCCGCCAAGGCUUCACUUUCCAUCUUUGAAACGCUCCUCGAGACACCAUCUUUCAAACCCUACAAAUGGUACACCAGCGGACUAGGCAGUUUCCACGCAUUCCACGCUGCGGUCACACUAGCCGUCAUCCUGCUCAUUCCCGAGGGCCAGUCCGAGUACGAAGAGAUCAAAGACAUCCUCGAUCGAGCACUAGACAUGUUCGCCUCGCUCUCAGUCCGCAGUGUCUUCUGCAGCAAGGCCGUCCCCAUAAUUCGACAGAUGAUCGACGUCGCCUCGACAAAGUACAACCCUCAAUCACCCACUCACUCUCAAUCCCACCUCCAAGCCCAGGCCCAAGUCCAUGCUCAAGUGCAAGCCCAGGUUCAACACCAACAGAACCAACAAAACCAAGCCAAUAUCCAAUCCCAGUCUCACAAUCACCUCCUACCAAGCAUUCAGAUCCCACUCUCAAUGCCAAACCUCUCCCCAGGGAUGACAAUGCAGGAUAACUAUGCAAUCUCGCACCCGCACUCGCAAUCUGGAUCGCCAGUGCCGACUAUUGCAUCGACUUCCAGUGAGCACACCAUGCAUUCUAGCUUCGGACCGAUGCAUCCGCAGAAUUGGAUUGGGCCUAAUUCUAUUCCGUGGGAUUCGUUGGGGGCUACGAAUGGGGGUUAUGGAUUCGAUUAG